UCUUUCAGCGUCGGCGUCUGAGCAUGACGCGCACGCGCUUGCAUAUUAUUACCUAUAUGCCGUACAAGAUAACAAAACGACACAAUAUGUAUACAUAUGAGUUGUAAGACUAAAUGUUGAUUAUAAAAAUAGUGCAGCUGUGUUUCGAUAUUAUUAAAGUGUCAUAUUAACAAAUAAAAAGUGCAAAAUGUGGUUUGUUAUUGUUUUGGGUUUAUUAACUUCAGUGAAUUGUGAAAAAAUGAAUGCGGCUUGCUGUCUACCGGAACAGGGUUUCUUUGUGAACGAGGAGAAUGUUUGUGAAAAUACCGUUACCAAAAUUCGAUCACCGACACGGCUGCCAUGUAACGACACGGAACAAAUAUCCAUGACCAUUUUCAAUUUCACGAUAAAAGAUGAUGGGACUCUCACUAUAGUAGAUGAAAACUUUGACACCGACGUUGAAUAUGAAAAAUAUUGUAUAGCAAGCAAUGUGGUAAAUGAGACGGAAGGCGUGCUUGUGUUUUGCGCCGAAGAGGAAGACAAGAUUAUACCAGACAAUGUACUCGAAUAUUGUAUGAUUGUUUCCGUCAUAUUUCUUACGUUUACAGCUAUUAUUUAUUGCAUAUUGCCAGAAAUAAGAGAUCUCCAAGGAAAAAGUAUCAUCAAUUUCUGUCUAAGCUUGGCCACUGGUCUUGGAAUUUUAGUUAUAAUGAAAUUAAUGGAAUAUUCGGAUAUGAAUCUUUGCGCUGUACGAGGAUUUUUGACAUACUUCUUUUUACUUGCAAGCUUUUUCUGGAUGAACGCUAUUGCGUUGCAAAUAAUGUUGUAUAUAAAACGACCAUUCAUGCAUGAUUACGGCUGGAGACCAUUCAUCUGGUAUGCACUAUACGCAUGGGGGUGUCCCACGGUUUUAACUAUAUGUAUGGCGAUCGUUAACUUCCACCCCGGAAAACACCAGAAACCUGGCAUUGGUCUGAACUCGUGUUGGUUCUUUAAUAAGCGCCAGCAGUGGUAUUACAUGUAUAGUGUUAUGUCGAUUAUAAUAAUUUUGAAUAUAAUCAUAUUCAUUUACAUAUCUAUAUAUAUGUGGAGACAAAAAUUCUCAUCGACGCAUGUAAAGGCAAUGCGCUAUAAGUUUAUGAUGUCUGUAAGGCUCUUUGUUCUAUUGGGAUUACCCUGGAUAUCUGAAAUGAUCAGCACAUUAUCGACGGCAAGUAUCGUUUGGGUAGUUUUGGAUGUAUUUAACACGCUGCAGGGGCCAGUGAUAUUUUUGGUUCUGGUUGUAUUCCGCCAACGUGUUGUAAAGGCGCUAUAUAAGAGAGGUUAUUUGGAUUGCAUCUCAGGAGUGGUUGAGAGAUAUUUGGCGGUAGCAGACGACGACGAAGAUAUUGUUCAGCACACAGCCGACGUUGCAUUAGAUGACCGAAAGUUAGACAUGUGAAAAAUAUACACAUGAAAUAAAAAGAGUAACAUAGCGGUUUAUUAAAUAUACCAUCAAAACUCUAAAAUAUAUAUAGUGAAAGGCUUUCAAUGUAUUUUUGAUAAAACUUCGAGCUUCUUGAAUACAUGUGCUUGAAAAUAAUGAAAAAUAUGAAAAAGUGGUUCAUACGCGAAAAGUUUAUUUACUUCGUAAUUGCGUUUUUAAUGAUUCUGCUUACAACGAGGCAUGGAGACUGGAGAGUGAUUCAUCGCGUAGUGCCUGUUGUUAUGCAAAUUUGCGUACAAUGAAGUCUCAACUUUAAGCAAAUCGUCGUCCACAUUUAUUAUCAUAUUAUAUUAUACUACAUCUUUAUAACAUGUGUGAAUAAAAAAUAAAUAAACAGACAAAACAGGUUCAAAACUGGACAAAACAGGACAAGACAGGUUUUUUAAAGGAACAAAAAAAAGUUACAUACAAUCUGCUAAGAAUAUUGAGCUACGUAGGUCAUUCAGUUUAACUACAAGUAAUAUUUGAACAAAUGUGUACUACAGAUAACAUAAUUGCAACAGCAUUAUGAUUUAAAAUAGCAAUUUAAACUUUUGCGCCAACUUCAAAACUUCAAAGUACCUCAACCUUCAUGUCUACAGUCUACAUGUGCCGUUUGAGCAAACACAUGUUUUUACAAAUAUGUUUGUGCCAAUAUAUUUUGUGUCGUGUAUAUUAUCCUGCUGUCUGUCGUGUCUUUAGUUAUAAAGGAUAAACUAGUCGAUGAGAUACAACAUAGAGUAAUCUAGUCCAAAGACUUAAUAAAUGUUUAAAUAUAUAAAUAUUCAUAAUAAGUUAUAAAUUUUCCAGUAUUAAGAGUCCUACUAUUUUAAAUAAAAGAAAGAAAAACUAGUGUGUGUUUCCCCGGCGAAAUUUCGAAUUUUUUAAACAUAAUUUGGCAGAUAUUAAUCGAAUAUAAAUUUAUGUCAGUUUUGAGUGACGUAAGUUAAGUACGUGAGGAGGGGUAAUUGUGUAUACAUAAAUUGAAUUUUGGAAGUCGUAAGACUCCGAAGUUACCAAGAUGGAUCGACGUUUGCGCAAUCGCUGGGUCUCUGGAGCUGGUACCGAAUCUUAUAACAUAUACGUACCUACUACAUUUUGUGAAUGUUAAGUUUGAUGUUCCACUUCGAAUAGUAGGCGUAUCAAUGACGGUUUGGACUAUCAAUGACGAAUAUCUAGACGGACAAAUUUAAAAAUUGGACACUGACGACAUUACAUAUAAAAUAUGUGCCAAAGAAAAUUAUACAAAUUCGAAACUUAGAUCCUGAGAAACACACACACAAAACAAGUACGUAACAUCUCAUAAACACUGUUUGUAAUGUAAUCUUUUGUUGUGUGUGAGUUACGUAAUUACUUGAAUUAACCUCAAUGUUAUUCUGAUUCAAAUAAAGUUUCUACAUGAUGAAUAUAUAAUAUUA